AUGCACAAGGAUGUCAACAAUCACCGUGAACACCUCAACUACACCAUUGCAAUCGGCGAUUUCACCGGAGGCGAAUUGUGGAUUCACGAUGACACCGUCCGGAAGGAUGAACCAGGUUGCAUCAACAAGAUCGCCCCCACUGGUGCCAAACUGGGAGGUCGUUUGCACAGGUCGAAGUCGAAGAUCAUUUCCUUCGAUCCAAAGACUUUCCAUUGCGUCACUCCCUGGAAGGGCGAGCGUUGGAGCAUCACGGGAUACGUCAAUCGCGCUGUGCACAGGCUGGAUUCGCAUCAGCUAGAGAAGCUUAAGUCACUGGGGUUCUUGCUGCCGAAACAGAAGAACUUCCCUCCAGCAGUGCCUGCGGAAAUCGAUGAGGAGAUGACUCUUUACGAGUUAGCUACUAUGGAUCCUCCAGCUCCGGCCCCAGUGAGCCGAGCGUCCUCCCUCCUCCUCCGGAAGGAGAGAGGCAUGCUCCAGAUGGGGAUCCUGGUGAGGGUAGUGGUGGGGAAGGACUUCCAUGAAUGCAUCAAGCCCAUAAGAGCAUACCAGUUCAAGGUGCCUGAAGGUGAUUUCACUUUUCCCAUGAAACAGAGGACGCUGAGCCCUCAGCUGAACAGGCCGCUGAAGCUUCUGACGCCGACCGGAAGGCCCUCUGCAGUAGCUAAUCCGGUUAAAGAUGAAUGGACAAUUCGGGGGGAUAAGCUCAUCCGCUUUCACUACUCUCCGAGACGUGAACUGUUCUCCCCUGAUCUCACUGAUUGUCCUGUUCCUAUCUCCGCUCUUGGUAAAGAGAGAUUGACCAAAAUCAUGCCAAUUGGAGGUACGGACAUCAUAGCCGAUUGUGAUGAAUGGCGUCAUGUACGCAAGCGCAACAAGAAGCUCAGCUUCAAAUGGGUUGGUCGUACUGAGUUCGACAUCCUUACCAAACCCCACACUUCGGAAGAAGCUGUCAAAGAUUUCCCAUGUAUGCCUACAGUUCCCAUGUCUAGUCAUCAACAUAGGGACAAGAUCCCUGCUUCCCACGCUCUUACUGCCGAGCAAGUUCAGGAAGCUAUGGCUAUGGUUGCCAGGCCAGUAGGAAGAAAAGAGCUGUUAGCUGAUCCUCAGGCCCAAGCUUCUCUUGACGUUGAAUGGGAAAAGUUGAUGAAGAAGAAAGCCUGGGACAUGUCAUCUGUUCGUGAAUGGGAAGAAGUCUCUAAAGAGGCAGCCAAAAGAGGAAAGAAGGCCCACGUUGGCAAAAUCUUUGAAAUCUGCGUGGAAAAGGGCAGUGAGCUUCCUAAAGGGAAUCCCUUACGGAAGUUCAAGGGUAGGACCGUCUUUCAGGGCAACAAUGUGAAGGACGAGAACAAUGACACCGCUCUCUUUAGUGAGCUGGGCUCUAGUCCCGCCACCAUGGAAGCGGGUAAGGUUCUCGACGCCUAUGGCCAUGCCCCCGGCCACGAUGUGGAACAGGGGGAUGGUAAACAGGCGUACACGCAAACGACUCUGAAAGGCGCUGACACUUGGGUCAGGCUCCCACGUGAGCGUUGGCCUAAGGAGUGGGUCGGCAAGUUUAGGGACCCCGUCGUCCGCCUCAGAUUGGCUCUUUACGGGCACCCAGACAGCGGGGGCUUCUGGGAGCAACAUUGCGAAAAGCGCUUACGGGAGGUUGGUUUUGAGCUCGUGUUUCCCGCUGCAUGGCCAUCUGUCUUUUAUCAUCCCACAUUGAAGCUUUUAUUAGCCGUGUAUGUAGAUGAUUUCAAGAUGGCCGGGCCAAAAGAGAACCUAGCCAAGGGUUGGGAACUCAUCGGUUCUCGCAUCGAUAUGGCUACACCGGCCAGCGUUCCGCCGCCCGCCGUUGCGAGCGACUCGAGGAACAGUCCAGAUGUGGAGAGCCUAAUCUACUCAAUGAAGUGGGGGUAUCACCUCGACCAGCUCAUCGAUGAGGCGCUCAAGCACCUUAACGAGGCGAGGGAUCACCACCCGGAAGGGGCGGCUACCCACAUCAUUUUUGGAUGGUCAGGAAACGAUGUAUGGGGCCAACACGGCUAUCAUGGCUACACUUGGCAUCUUCAGAGCAAGUUCACAAAGCGAACAGCCGAGGAGCUCGAGCAGAUUGACACUUGGCCUGCAAAGCAGAAGCUUCGUGUUGAUCGGGCGUGUGAGAGAGCGUGCAAGCUCCUCCACCGGACUGACGUCUCGGGUGUGUCUUUCUUGAUGGGAUGCACCAUCAUUGACCCUGUGGAGCUCUAUGAGCAGACCAGCAGGCCUGAUGGCUUCCACGCUGACGCGUCGGAUCAAAAUCUGCAGAGCACCCUUAGGUGGCACGCGGCGAUGCUCCGCGGCAUUCUCACAGAUUACCGCCUUCUCGCUGUUGAACAGCAACUCAUCGCAAACCAAAGAGAGGCCGUUUUUCAUGCACACUUUGUGUUGAACAAGCCCGAACCGUUCCUCACCGUGCCCCCCGCGUCCGGGAGAAUCCUUUCCAAGAUUGUUGAUUCCCCGGACCCACCUCUGGCGAGGGAGGCAGAAGAGGAGAUUGUGUUGGCCGGCCCACUCCUGGCGGAGGCGGAGUACGAAGUCGUCAACGAUGACUCGGCUCAGAGCUGCAAUCCGCAGCCCAUCACUGAGUUCGACUUUGCCAGGAAUGACACCAGGCCCGGCGCAGGCUGUGUCCUCGCGAUUGAAGACGGCGACCCGAUCAAUGUUGUCGCUGAGGAACACCUUGUCAUGGCCAACCAAGCGGCAGAGGGUAUCACGCAGGAAGAACUCACCGCGGUCGCGGCUGAAGAGGAAAUUACCCUCCUUAGCCAAUUCGUGGAGCAGGAUGAUGAUCCCUAUGAGAAUGCCGACACCUACUCCUUGAAGAAAGCUGAGGUGGUCGCGCCCCCUUCUCCCGUGGUCGUCAUCGAUGACCCCGACGCCCCUCAGCCGAGCGAGGCCGUUGCACAGGCACCCCUUGUCCCAAAGGCAAAGCCGAGGCCUCCCACGCUGCCGCGUUGGGUUACCGCUGAUCAGCUCCCUGAUUUGCCGGAUGAUUACCGUUUCCUCACGGAGAACGCCCGGGUCUGCUUGUCAAAGAAGAUGUCUUUCCUCGCCCGGGGAUUCGCCAAUCGGCGAGCGCCAGAAAUGGCGGUCCACAUCUCAGCUAGGGACAAUUCUAUUGAAUGGUCCGAAUUUUUCGAGAAGUUGGGAAUGAUGUGGAGAGGCCUUCGUGUGGAGCACGUGGUGGACGUCCUCAAAUCCACUCACGACAAAGUGCGGUUCGAAGUCAAGGUUGUCAUUAAACCCGACAGGGAGGUCCAGCUGCGUGCCUUUAGAGCGAUUCAGGGGCACGACGGCAUACUCCUCUCGGAAGAGACGGACGUGAUGGCACUGAACACCCACUCGCCGUACCAAAUCGCCCACGAAGAGAACCUCACGGUUGAAGAUGAGAUCAUCAGGCUCGAGGACCUCAAGUUCGCCGACAACGCACCGCGGCCCGAGCCACUGGCGGAAGCCAAGUGGGGUUCCACGCUCAAGGUGUGGUUCUCCGCAAAGGGCAUCCGAGUGGAUCGAAAGUACCGCUCCGAGCUCGACCAUUUCAUCGUCCAGGAGCUUGUUUCCUUUCCCUGGUUUUACUGCACCAGUUGCCGUAAACAUUACAUCGAUGGAAUGAUUGAGUGCCAGUUCUGCGGCUCCAGAAUCGCAGCUGAGAGUGACAUGGCACAUGUUGCCGAACCCAGCAAACGACGCCUGGAGUCCUCCCGGAAGGGACGGAACAUCGACAUCAUGUCGAUCGAACGCGCGAAGCACAAGAUCAAAGUCUCCCUGCAGCAGUGCGCAGCAAAUGCGUGA